AUGGUCAACCAGUGGGAAAUUCCGGAGCGGCGAAAGUUCUCGGGGUGGAUCGCAGGCGCAUCAUCACCUGGCUGGGUCGGCGAGGAGGCAACAAUGAAGAAGCUGGUGAAGAGAGACAAGCCUAAAAAACUAUCGCAGGCAAAAUCGAUUCACGCUGGUAUGGCACCUACGAUAGCCGAGGUCGAACAAGACCUGGAGGACUACAUCAACGAGCAGCGUAGGGAUCAUCGCGGCUGCGGAAGCAUGGAAGUCAUGAACAAGCUGCCUGAGCUGAAGCCUGACGCUCUCGGCGGGUUGACAGCCGCUGCGUCGGCGGAGGAGACAUUGGCUUUCAGGACCAAGUUCAAGAAGAACUGGUACCAUCGUUUCCGCGAACGGCGCACCAGCAUCUACGCUCGGCGCAACCCACCUGCAUCUGGCGAGAGCCCCAUCAAAGGGAAGGACCUCAGUCCCGCUCAGCUAGAGUCGGUUGCCGCGGAAGGGUUCGAAGAACUCGGCAACAUGGACCAAACGCCAGUCCAGCAGGAGAUGCUAGUGGAAACAACUCUGGAGAAGCGCGGUGCGAAGGAUGCUCGCAUCAGCACGGGAGGAAAAGAGAAAGACCGUUUCACGCUAUGUCUUGCUGUCAUGGCGGACGGUGGCAAGGUUCCCCUGCGAAUCAUUUUCAAGGGCAAGCCAUUCAUCCCGCCUAGCACGGCGGGGCGGGGAAAGAACACUCAGCCCCGCAAGGGCUCCAUUGCGGCCGAGGUCCUUCCUGCCAACCGCACCAAGAGAAAAGCUGGUGUGACGCGCGAGUGCACCCUGUGGCUGUCCGAACGCUGGAGGUUUUGGCCUAACCACGGGAGCGUGAUCAAGCAGCGGCACAGCAUCUUGGUGUUGGACGACUUCAGGUACCACCGUAGCGAAUCCUUCAUCGAGGACCUCCGGAGGAGGACAAACACCACCGUCAUCCUCAUCCCGGGCGGGUUGACUCCUCUUCUUCAGCCGCUGGAUCGCAUGCUGAACAAAGAGAUAAAGCGACUGAUGCGUGGGCGGUGCACACAGUACAUGGCGUCGGCGAUCGCAGACCCCAAGACGGGCAAGCUUCAACCGCCGGGGCGUGGGCUCGUGUCGACGCGGUGCAAGGAGUCAUGGGCAGCUAUCACCCCCGAAACGGUCAAGAAGUGCUUCAAGGUGUGCGGCCUCACGCUUGCGCUCGACGGUAGCGAGGACGACGCGUGGUGCACCCACAACUUUGGUGAAGGCUACCGUGAGGUUCUAGUCCAGUAGCG